UCUUGAUUAGUUUUGUUUUUGAUAACUCGUAACCAGCUAGGAAAUUUUAUUCUAUAUAUUGUUUACCAUGACUAUAAUUCGUGAAUAUCGGCAAAAAAGAUCGCGAAAUAGAAAAAAGAUAUUUCUAGAUCAAGCCAGAUUAUUUUGCGAAAAUUCCACUUUACACGGCGUUAAAUAUAUCGCAGAAAGUGGUAGAAGUUACGCAGAGAGGUUUAUGUGGGUUAUAUGGAUAACUGCUGGAUUGGUUACUACUAUUAUAAUUAUUGUUAAUCUAUGGGAGAAAUUCCAAACGAAUCCAACAAUAACUGGAUUAGAUACAGAUUUUCACAAUUGGGAUGUCGCCUUUCCCGCUAUUACGAUUUGUCAAAAUAACCCAGCAAACGACGAAAGGAUAAAUGAUAUUAUUAAUAUCAAUCAGAACAGGUUUUUAAUACGAUUCUGUUUCAAAUUAAUUUCUAACAAAUGUGAAGAUAUAUUUGAUACUUGCCAUUGGAAAUCAACCACGUAUAAUUGUUGCGAUAUAUUUUAUCCGGUUUUUACGGAAAAUGGUUUUUGUUACACAUUCAACUCGAAACAUUACGAUAGAAAUCUCGUAACAACAUUUAUCAAACGUUACAUUCAACAAACAGAUUUAAACUGGUCGAUAAGAAUCACAGUUAAAUCUUUACAAUCGUUUUUUUCUAUCUAUAUAUUAAAUUCCGAUGAAAUAAUUGGUAUCGAUUCCAAACAGCAACACAUAUGGGAUUUCCGUAUAGAUACAAUUUUAUUUUCCGUAAAACAAACUUACACAACAUUGGAUACGUCUCAAUUGAAUAUAAAACAAAGGCACUGCGCUUUCUCAAACGAAGUUAAAAUAAAGAUAGAUGAUACUUAUUCUUACACUGCUUGUACAACAGAAUGUCGCAUGAAUAACGCAAUGAAAUUCUGUUCUUGUAUUCCAUUCUUUUACACUAUUGUAGAUGCGGGCUACAGACAUUGCAGAUUCGAUGAACUUAAUUGUAUAAGUAAAUAUUUAGAUGAAAUUGAGAACAUAGAUAAAUGUAAAUGUCACUUAGGUUGUUUACAUACGGUUUAUGAAAUAGAAAAACUAGAUAUGUUAAAGUCAAAUGAAGAAGAAAGUGCAACACUGGAAAGUAAGUUUGUAUCGUGGCCAAUGGUAAGGUAUAAAAGAGAAGUAUUAUUUGGUUGGGUUGAUCUGUUGGUUUCAUUUGGUGGCAUAGCCGGAUUAUUUUUAGGAUUCAGUCUCUUAUCCGCGGUAGAAUUAAUUUACUAUUUUACAUUGAGAUUUUACUGCAUGGCUCGAAUGAAACGUAAAUAUACAAACGUGGGAAACAGUCCAGUAAGAGUCAUGAAAAAAUUCAAAGAGAACUUUGUAGUGCCCAUUUCCAUAUAUGAUCGGCAAAGGCGUUUAUCGGACAUUGUUUUAUUCAACAUGGCUCAGAUUAAAAAGUAUUAAAUUUUAAAAAACAACCAUCAUCAAAACUUUUAUCAUAUUAUGUGUAACCACAUUCAAUAACUUAAAAUAAAAAGUAGUUUAUGUAUUUGCUA